AUGAAAUUCGGGAAGAGCAUCCGGCGGGAGGCGGGGAAGAACUUGCGCGUGAGAUACAUCGACUACAAGGGCUUGAAGAAAAGCAUCAAACUCGCUUCUUCGCAUCUCGAGAGACAGGACUACCUCCAAUGCGUGGAGUCGCUGCAAGACUUCCACGUAGGCUUGCAGCGUGAACUGGGGCAAGUUCGGUCGACUUACAUAGGCCAGCUGCAGGAAAUCCAAAAGACGAAGGACGUCGUUUGCGCACUUUUGGAGUGUCUACGAGAAGCUUCUCUUUCUAGUGAAGGUGAAGCGCUUCCCCGGGAGGGAGGAGACACCCCACCUGUGGACGCAGGCGCAGAAGCCGAAAACGAUGGAGACGCUGGGGUCGGUGGGAAACGCCGUCGACCGUUUCUCGCGCAGCUCCUCUCUCCGGAUCUCGGGAGCGAUUUAGAGAAAGUCGACACACUAGAGGCGGCGAUAGAAAUCUUUCGCACGCGCUUUGCUUCCCGACGAACGGGAAAGAAUGGGAGGGAAUUCAUCAACGCAGCGGGGGCGGGAGAACGGGGGGACGAAAGGGCCCUUGGAGCGUGGGGACAGGAGGGGAGAGAGGACUCGGGCGACGACGACGCGUGCUCCGAAGAUGAGGAAAGCGGCGAGGAAGGCGACGCGUGCUCAGAAGGGGACACGGGAGAGACUGACGACGAGAGGCGAAGGCGAGAGGCGAAGACGUCGCGCCAGCGGCGAGAAGACGAGUUGAGGUGGAAGCUCCAGGGAAGAAGAGAACGAGACGAAUUUCCCCGUGAGGAAGAGAAGGGAAACGGUGGCGGAGUGAAGGGCGCGGGCGCAGAGGAUGGGGAAACACCGACAGAGAUCAACAAGUACGCCUCGGGUUUGCGGCUGGAAGGCCACGCAUCUCGGCCGCGCAGGCACGGAGAGAGAAGCGGAGAAGGUGGCGAGACGGCGAAGGAGGCAAGCGAGGGAGACGGCGCGGGGGAAGAGACGGCCGAGAGAGAUGCGAGGCAGAAACCAGAACGGCCGGAGGUCGACGAACGGGCAAGGAAAGAGGGAACCGACAGCGAGGAAGAGCCAGGGCAGGCAGGGGUCUCGGGAGAGGCGGAGGAGGACGACGCAGAAGACGAAGAGAAACCGGAGGAGAACGAGGAAAAAGUUUUUCGGCUGUGCGUGGCUCUGCACGAAGGGAGCUCUCAAGCCCGGCAACUGCGGCGCUUCGUCAUUUGGAAUUCAGUCGCCGUUGUGAAAAUCAUAAAAAAGAAGACGAAACUGUUGUGCCGCUGUCCGGCGUCGCGGAAGAGGGCCCGUCCCGCGUCCUCGUCGCUGCUCUCUCCGGUCUCCGAGCCUCACGCCUCGUCUCCGCUUCCCGUCUCCUCGCGACUGCGCAUCGACGAUCAUCCGUGCGUGGGGUGUUGUCUCCUUCGCCUCGCGCAGCAGCACGUCGCGCUUCAGGCCUCUUCGGCUUCUGAAGAUACACCCGGGAAGACGGACGAGCGAGGGAAGGCUAGAGGAGAGGGCGAAGCGCACGAGAAGGUGCGUGAACCGGGACGCGCGGGAGAAUCGGAGGUUGCGGAGGGCCGAGAGAAAAGAGCGGAACUGGCGGUCCCCAGCCGCCGAAGCUCCGGUCCAGAGGAUCUGCAAGAGUCGGAGACGGGCGGGGCGGACGAAGGGCAACAGCGCAGCGGCGACGCCACGAAGGCGCGAAGCGAGGAAGCGGCGCUGGAUGAGAGCGACAACGACUCUUCGAAUGCGUCGGGAAGACACUCGAGCACGGAGAGGCUGCCCAAGACGGGGAAGGCUCCAGUCGACAGCGACAACGAAAGCCACCCGGGGAUAACGCGGAGUGCGACCGUGACCAACCGAAACCUGACCAUCAUGGAGGCGUGCUUCUCCUCGGCUUCCUCCGUUCUCCGACGCGAAUGCUGGUACUCGUCGAUGGCUCUUCCGUCGCUCUUGUCCACGCUGGACACCCUCGUGGAUGAGAUUCUCCUCGGCCUCACCGGCCGGCCGCCGAACGAAGAUCGGCACAUUUGCCCGAUCUGUCUCGACGUGAUUGUUGACCCCGUCAUUCUUCGCGCGUGCUGCCACCGCUUCUGCAUCACCUGCCUCGCCGCAGCAGCCAUCAGCAGUCCCGCCAAGGGCGAGCUCCCUAAGUGUCCCUCGUGCCGCACCUGCAUCGUCCCCGUCGACGACGAGGCUGCCGUCGCUGCAGAGCGCUCAGCGGCUGCAGCCUCUCUGGGGCCCGCACACGAGGACAGGCGAGUGUUACCGAAUCCGCGGUCGCCUCAAGCGCCGGCGGAAGCAACUCGGGGCUUAGAGCCCAGAGGGACGGACGCCUCUAGCGCGGGGACGGCAGGAGAGACAGGGGCCCUGGGAAACACUGUGGGGUCGAGGGCGAGUGGGGGGGACGUUCCGUCGGACCGGGCGAGCUUGCUGGGGACGCCUGAGACAAGCGCGGCGCCGGAGGGGACUGGGGCGAGGUCGUUGCAAGCAUCGCUAGGAAACGAAGCGCGAGUUGGGGAGUCUGCUGGUCUGUCGAGAAGAGGUGACAUCUCGGAAAGCGCCGAACGAACACCCAGGCCUUCCGAGGGGGAUGAAGCGGUUCCAGCGGCGCCGCGUUCUCCGACCUCUGCUCCUGCGCGUGUGGCUGCCUCGCCGGAUUCUGCCUCUCCUGCUUCCCCACGCCACUGCGUCCCUGCCGCAUCGCGAGCCCCCAUGCAGACAGCAGCGGUUCCCGAGCCGGGGAAAGACGCGUCGAGGCGAGAGAGAAGCGGACAGCAUACUCCGUUGCUCUCGCCACCUGCGUCGGGUGACAAACCCACGACCCGUGCUGACCCGCUGUCCAGGCGAGACGCCCGUGAGGAGAGUUGCGCCGAGGCCAGCAAGAGAGAAGACGGCGAAGGGCGAGAAGACCCGAGUCAGAGCGGGGGUUUGGAGAGGCCGCGGGCAGAACAGAGGGGAGAUUCUGAGAGGCUCGUGGUCCGCUCUCCACGGGAAGAGAGCGAGUGUGCACCGACGGACUGCGAACGCGACGGACGAAGAAGACGCACCUGGGAAAUGCGAGGCCAGAGAGUGGAAACUGGACAGCACACGGCGGCUGGACUGUCUGUCGCCCCGACAGGCGACGCACGGCCGUCUCCGUUUUCUUCCGCGUCUCCAUCUCCGCGGAGAAGAGCGUCGGCUGCGUCUUCGCCCGAUUGCGGGGGCUUCGCCCCUCGCCUGGCCUCCGCCUCGGCGGUGGAAGACGCUGGUCGCGCGGGUCUCUUCUCUUCCCUCUCUGCUUCCCCUUCGUCCUCGGCUGCUGCCUCCGCUUCCUCUGUUUCUACUCUUUCGCCUUCCUUUGGGCUCCCCGCCUUCUCUGUCCCUCCUGGCCUGUGGGGAGGGACGCUUCGCUCGCCUCCGGGUCUGUGUCAUCCUCUGGACGUUGCCGACGGGGACGACGCGUCCAAGGUCGGCGCCGCAGAGAAGAACCUCGCUUCGCAUGCGAGUUCUCUGGCCUCUCCGUUUUCUCCGCUUCCGUAUUCGUCUGAUUCUGCACGCGCCACAGCGCCUUCCUACUCCCUCGCACCAUAUCAGUCUGCUUCGCCCUCCGGCCCGCAGCCGCCUCUCCCUUGUCCCCUCCAGGCCGACUCUUUCUCUUCCUUUUCGCCGCUGACUGCUCCUCCCGACCGAGCCUGUAGCCAGCGGCGUGAACGGGGUGGGGAGAUGGCGAGUCCGUCCGUCCCCACGCUCAGGUUCUGUCACUCGCACGCGUCUCGCGGAACGGACAGCUUGUCGAUCGGAGACAACGUUUACCGGUCGGAGGCGAUGGAGGCAUUAGGCGGAGCCUUGUCGAGCAAGCAAGGACAGGGCGAGAGUCGCGCGCGGCAGGGCGGGGGAAUGGUAGGCUUUGCAGCUGAGAGAACCGAGUGCGCAGAAAGGGAGGGAAAGGACAUAAACGACGAAGUUCUUCUGCAUUUCCGGGAUGUUCGCCAAGUCCUCGUGCAGCAUCAAGUGCGCGAGGCGUUGCAGGAGUUGCACGAAAGGCAACAACGCGAGGACCAGUUUCGACUUCUGUCCCAACUGCUUCUCUCGUCUGACUCGGCUUCGGGGCCUGUGUCCCUGGAAGAAAUGCUGUGCCAAAAAGUUUCGAAAAAGGGCGACGUACCCGCCUUCCCGCCUUCGCCCUUCUCCGCCACGUGCUCCACCGCCGCUUCGCUGGCGUUUCCGGCCUCGUUCUCCUCGCCGUCCUUCGCGUCCUCGCCGAGCCACAGGCCUCCGCCAGGCGGGAGACCGGGCCCAGGCGCGCAGGUCCGCGACGGCGAAGGGACGGGGCGAGAAGCCGAGCUGCUGAGCGCGCGGUUUCUGGCUCUGGGAGGCGCGGGUGAAGAAGAGAGAGACCCCGGCGCGGCGAGGAGCGGAGACAACCAAGGACGGAGCCUGGACGAGAUGGCGCGGCGGAAACUGCAAGAGAGCGAUGCGCAUCCGGGCGCGACGGAUCUGGAGCUCCAGCAGGAGGAACACCUGUACAACCAACUUCUGGUCUUGCAGCUGUAUCUCCAGCAGCAGCGCUUUCUGUCUGAGCAGAGGCAAGCAGUGAAGUCUUUGUCUUCUUUCGAGACGCACGCGGCAGGCUUGAACUCCACGCCUCUCUCCCAGUCGUACGCUCCUCCGCCUGCGUCGGCGACUCCGCCGCAAACCCACGCCGGCGUCACCGCGCUGAUCGAGGAGCUGCGGGCGGCCGUGGCUGCGGCGACAGGCCUCGCGCCUGGCGCGUCGCCGUUUUCUUCGCCGCCGCUCUCCAGCACCGGCGCCCCGGCGACGAAGGGCCGAGCCGCAGAGACGGGGCGAGGCGCCUCGUCUGCCGCUCCUGCGCACGCUGCGGCCUUCCCUUCGCCCGCAGUGAACGGGCAGGAGUCAGAGGCCGGACGUUCUGCCGCUUUCUUGAAAGACGCGCGAGAGGCAGAAAGACUGCCCCAGACAGAGCGAGCGGACGCGGGCUUUUCGGGCGGCCAAGGGACGGGCAUGGUCUCGCGGAGCACGAACCACGACCCCGGAGCCCUCAACCUGGACGACUCGACUCUCGCUCUGGCUCUGCUGCUGCAGGAGUUGCAGCGCGAGCGAGAAGGACGAGAGGAGAAACCGGCGACAGAGCCCCCCAAAGAGCAAUUUUCGCGGCCGUGCGCCUAUCCGUCGUACCGGGGCGAAAACGCCGUCAUCGCGCCGUCUGCCGCCGAGGCGGCUUCGACACUCGUGGAGCGGCGGGAUGCGGCCUUUGCCGAAGGCGGCGCGCAGGCCAAACGCUUGUUUCUUUUGGGGGAGACCAAUGGACAUUCCUAUCCGUAUUCGUCCUUUUCUCCCUACGCGUCGUCCGCCGCUGCUUCGGGGGCGAGACCGCGCGCCGCUUCGGGCGCGACGGGGCGCCAGGAGACGAGACCCGCGUGUGGCGGAGGGAGACAAGAGAAGGAUCUCGGGCCGGCCUCCGGUCCAGUUGGGGGCGCAGCGGAGUGGAAGACGGGGAGAAGAGCGGGAGAGACGCUGCCGAGAUGUCAAGAAGAGGGCGACCGUCGGGUUUCCCUGCCCGCGUCAGACGGGAAGCCGAAGCAUUCGCCUCCGUCUCCGUCGCCCAGCUUUUCUCCGCUUACCGCGCAGCCAGGGAUCCCUGGCGCGGCGUUUCCGGCGGAGAAAGUGAGCCCGAGCAACGGGCUGUCCCACUGGGCAGUCGCCGAGGGGACGGGGGACGAGGGGCCGAGCGAAGCUGCGUCUGCGUGGAAGAAGGACAAAAGGCCCAAGGCCGGAGCUCGACAGGGCGCGCAUGCGGAGACGCUGGAUCGAACCCGAGACGGUGCGGCGUCUGUGGAGAGGAUCGUGAGGGGCGAGAAAGAAGGGAGGAGAGAGAAAGGUCUGCCGUUCAUCGCACCAGUUCCGCCCCCGCCGCCUCUUCCUCCGGUUCCGCCUCCACCUCCUCGGGGCGAGAUGUUUGAGCCGAAAGCUGUCGCGCAGCCGUUUGCAAAUCCUUUCCCUUCCCGGAACAUUCCUCAGCCGCCACCCCCACCCCCUGCGCCUUCGCCUCCUCCGCCUUCGCCUCCUCCGCCUCCUCCCGCGUCUCCACUCCCAUCUGCGCUUUUUCCACCUUCGUGCGCGUCUGCAAGCUUUCCUUUGUCUUCCGGUUGCCCCCCGGCGAGCGCUGCCUUUGCAACCUACUCGCGGGGCAACGAAGAAACAAACAGAAAUUCGCGCUUCCUCGCGUCCUCUGUUCCCCAGCAGGCGCUCAUUGCUGGUCUCCUCCCGCCACCGGCACAGGGCCCGUCUCCUCUCGCUGUUUUGUCGGCUCUGUCCAAGCAGCGGGCUGCUGUCUUGGCAGCCACGCUCCCUUCAGAGAUCAACGCAGGAAACGGGUUCCUUGCUCCUGCAAACUCUGCACGCUCGCACUAUCCGUCUUCCGUUCCGGCGUUCGCUGACUCUCCCCCGUCCCCGGAGGGAACUGACGUGGCGGGUGGCCGAGGAGCGGAAGGAAGGGAGAAGUAG